AUGUUGGCCUCCAGAAUCGCCGUUAGAGCCGCCGCCAGAAGAUCUGUUGCGACGCCAGUUGCCAUCAGAGCGCUCUCCACCCCUGUCGAGCCAAAGGAAAAGGCUAACUCCAUCAUCGCCGCCUUGCCAGGCAACUCGAUCUUGUCCAAGACAGGAAUCUUGGCCACCACGGCGGCUGCGUCUGUGUACGCGGUGUCCAGCGAGCUGUACGUCGUGAACGACGAAACCAUCCUCUUGUUCACCUUCCUGGGCUUCGUCGGGUUGGUUGCCAAGGUCAUGGCGCCAAUGUACGGUGAGUUUGCCAAGGACAGAACCGCACACGUGACCAAGCUGUUGAACGACGCCAGACUCGGCCACGUGUCCGCCGUCAAGGACAGAAUCGACCAGGUGUCCAACUUGAAGGACGUUGUGCCAACCACCAAGGCCUUGUUCGAGUUGUCCAAGGAGACCGCAGCCUUGGAGGCCGAGUCGUUCGAGCUCAAGCAGAAGGUGGGCGUUGCGUCCGAGGCCAAGUCCGUUCUGGACUCAUGGGUCAGAUACGAGGCGCAGGUGAGACAGAUGGAGCAGGAGCAGUUGUCGUCCAGCGUCAUUGCCAAGGUCCAGAAGGACUUGAAGGACCCUAAGUUCCAGGACAAGAUCUUGGCCCAGGCCGUCACCGAUGUCGAGAAGUUGUUCGCAAAGGAGAAAUAG